CUACACGACACUCUUUCUCCUCUCUCGCCUCGUUUGUCCCUGCUCUCCCUUCUUUUCCAUCCAUAUUCCUAAAUAGUUAAUCCCAUCGAAAUCAUUUGCAUCGCAGCAGGAAAUCCAAAAGCCCAUAACUUUGCACAGAAUCGGAUUUUUUCGUUUCUUUUGUUCCCGUUGAUGUUCUGAUACCCAAAGCUUUCCUUCUUCACCGUCUCUCGCGGUCUCUCGCGUCAUGGGGAGCUAUCGCAUCGAGGUAUCAGCCAACAACCGGGCUGGCUGCAACGCCCCAGCCUGUAAAAAGACCAAAGUCAAGAUCCUGAAAGGCGAACUACGUCUUGGAAGUUGGGUCGAGACAGAAAAAUUCCAGAGCUGGUCUUGGCGCCACUGGGGUUGCGUGACUACAAAGGUCAUUAGCAAUAUUGUCAGUUCUCUUGGGGAUGGUGAUGAACCCGACUUUGACUUGCUUGAUGGCCUUGAUGAGUUGCCUGAGGAAGAGCAAGACAAAGUCAAGCAGGCUUUGAAGGAUGGCGACAUUGACGAAAGCGACAGGACUGUUCGCGAAGAUGAGGCGGGCGAUGAGGCCGCUGAAAAGCCUGCCGAGGAAGAAAAACCUGCAACCAAGUCUAAAAAACGCGCUCGUGCUGGCGCCGAAGCGGCCGAAGAGGUCGUCCCCAAGAAGACUAAGAAGACUGCUGGCAAAGCCGCAGUGAAAGACGAAGCUGCUGACGAGAAACCUGCUAAACGUGGUAGAGCCGGUAAGGCUGCUGAAGAACCCGCCGCAGCGGUUGAGGAUGCGCCGAAGAAGGCUAGAGGACGCAAGAAGAAGACUGCUGCUGCUGAGGAAGAGAGUGUUGACGAUGCGGAACCUGAACCAGCACCACCAGCCAAGAAAGCUCGCAAGGAGGCUACCAAUGGCGAAAAAGCUAAGCGAGGUCGUCGCCCAAAGAGAGCUGCAAAAGACGAGUAGCGCGACUUAUGGGAGAAUGGAAAGAUCAUUGUAGUUUCCUCGCUUUCUGCAUUGGUCAGGGUGUCGCGAUGCUGGUUUGGCAUUAUGCCUGAUAGGUCUAUGUGAGCUGCGAAAAUAUCUACUUGUCACGGGAUCUUCUUUCAUGUUAGAACAGGGAUUCGAUGUAUUAGUUUACAAUGUAUUAAUUGUCUCUUUUUUUCCGGGAAAAUAGUCCUGCGAGCGCAUAUCCACAUUCGAACUUAAUAUUCA